GAUAACAUUACCCAUAUCGACGCGAUAAUUUUUUCAAUCUAAAUUCUAAAUACUCGGUAUCAUUUUCUUACUAAUAUACAAAAAUGAAUGUUUCUUUGAAACUUGGCAGAAAUACAGCAAAUAAACCUUUGGAAUUACAUUUUCUGCCAGCUAAAAUUUUCGAGGAUGGUACAACAGAUGUUGACAAUUAUUUCAAUUCAUAUACACGCAAAGGACUGGACGGAAUUUUGAUCAAUGCUGUACGAGGUUUUCCAUUAAAGGGAGAAAUUCUUAAAUCGCCAUCAAAUUACAGGGCAUUUGUAUUGCAAUCAUCUGAAAAGCAUUCUGAGGCCAAAGUAAUUCAUAAUAUGUAUAUAUCUGGAAAAUUCGACAACUUUACUUAUUGGAACUAUGAUAAAGUACCAAGUAAAGCGGACACAUAUAAACAAGCUUUGCAGAUGCUUGAUAUAUCCAAAGAGCUGUGUGCACCCGUUCUUGAUUCUGAAAUACUGAUUGAAAUAGAUGGAAUGGGGUUGGUCAUCGGUGGCCAAGAGAAUACAAUAUGAAAUAAGCAACCAAAAAUAAACUUAUAUAUCUUUAUUUGGAAUACAUAAAAACUAGAAUAA